AUGGCCCAGGAUAGACAUGUUACGUUUCCAAAUGGCACUGAAGCAAAUAUAGGUCCAGAAUUUUCAUGGGACAACAAAAUUCAAGGUUACCUGUUAAGUUCCUUUUUCUAUGGUUAUAUAAUCACUCAAAUUGUUGGUGGAUAUCUUUCCAGAAGGUUUGGAGGAAAGCUGAUCUUCGGAGGAGGCGUUGCAGGAGCUGCUUUCUUUACUUUGCUUAGCCCGUUGUUAGCUACCAUAAACGUAUAUCUUCUUCUGGCUGGAAGAACUUUAAUGGGAAUAUUUGAGGGCGUGACAUAUUCGAGUUUAUUCUAUUUGUGGGCCAAGUGGAUUCCACCUAGUGAAAGAAGCAGAUAUGCCAGUCAAUCAACUUCAGGCAGUUAUGCUGGAGCCGUUUUUGCCAUGAUGUUUUACGCAUAUCUAGCUGACAGCAGUGGAUGGAGAUGCAUCUUUUAUUUUUCAU